AUGAGGACAUUGUCGACUUCAACGGCACCAUCCUAUACUGAGCGUUCUCAGGACAGGGAGCUUCCCCCUAUGAAACUAUACACUUCUAAGAAGGCUCCACUGGCCUUUAUGGCACCAUGGUUGGUAGCUUAUAAAAAACCUGAAAUGACUUUCCCCCCGCCCGAAGAGCCCCACGUCAGCACCUCUGCUGAUUCAGUGCGGAGGUUAUCGAUUUUAUCGAGUCUGAUAUGCCGAGUCAAGAGGGAGCGAUUUAGAGGUACUCCCGCGGCGAAGAAGAGGAGGAGAGUGUCGAGUGAACCUCCGACAACAGCAGCGACGAAACGAAGGUGGAGCGUUGAGGAAAUGCAAGAUGAGCAAGAUGGGCAAGAUGGAGAGGGAGGAAAGGGAGGGUUAUGGUCGGAAGAUGAGGGAGCUGAGGUGGCUAGGGGCGUUGAGGAAAUGCAAGAUGAGCAAGAUGGGCAAGAUGAGGGUGUCUGUGUGGAUAUUGAGGAGAUAGUUGUUGAGGGAGUGCAGGGUUCGUCUACUAUUCGGGAUGAGGAAGAUACUCCAGAGUCGGAGGGCGAGGGGAUGGGGGAGCAUGCCAUGGAUGGGGAGGAGGAUAGCGUUGAGGAAAUGCAAGAUGAGCAAGAUGAGCAAGAUACUCCCGAGUCGGAGGGCAAGGCUAUAGGGGAGCAUGCUGGGGACGAAGAUGGGGAGGCUGGCGUUGAGGAAAUGCAAGAUGAGCAAGAUGGAGGAAAUGCAUCAAGUGAGGAGGCUAGCGUUGAGGAAAUGCAAGAGAAGCAAGAUGGAGAAGAUGCAUCGAGUGAGGAGGCUAGCGUUGAGGAAAUGCAAGAUGAGCAAGAUGGAGGGAAUGCAUCAAGUGAGGAGGCUAGCGUUGAGGAAAUGCAAGAUGAGCAAGAUGGAGGGAAUGCAUCAAGUGAGGAGGCUAGCGUUGAGGAAAUGCAAGAGAAGCAAGAUGGAGAAGAUGCAUCGAGUGAGGAGGCUAGCGUUGAGGAAAUGCAAGAUGAGCAAGAUGGAGGGAAUGCAUCAAGUGAGGAGGCUAGCGUUGAGGAAAUGCAAGAUGAGCAAGAUUUGCUGGAAGAUUCCUCUACGGUCGAGGAUAAGGUUGAGAAAAGGCAGAACCAGCAAGAUGAGGAAGAGGAAGAUUCGGCAAGUGAGGAACCUGAUGAUAAGAAGAGUAUUUCGAAAGCUCAUGGGCAUGAUGAUGCUGCAGCCGAGGAUGCGGUGGUGGACGAUGAUGCGUCGUCUAUUCCUUCCUCGCCUCAACUGGACUUUUCGAGUGAUGAAGAUGAGGAUCCUCAUCAUCAGCGUAAAGUCGUCGUUCAUGAUGAUAUUUCCGAAACCGAGAGAGCUGAUUUGGAACGCCAUGCGGACGCUAUUGCAGCUGCCUUGAGCGAAGAGGAGAAGCAUGGAGUGGUCCCUAUGCGAGGGAAAAAAUUGGGAAGAAGAGCGGCUGAGUUGAAGGCGUUGCAGCAAUCUGGCAUUAAACCAGGCUUACUCUAUUUCCACGGUCUUCCAGAUGAUGAAGAUUCAACUCCUCAUGAGUGUCAGUUUUGGAUGAACCAACCAUUGGAGAUACAACUUGAGACGUGGGCAAAGAAGUGGAAGCCAGAUUUGAAAGAUGACUUCAAGUUCACUACGAGCGUUGAAGAACCGUCCUCGCCGGCGAGUCGUAUGCCCCCGAGUUUGCUCUAUGUGGAUGCGAUGAAAACGCCGAAUGAAAUCGCCGCCUUCGGGUUGCAAGAGCCGGCAGUUAUUCAUAUGACAUUCGAGCAUUGA